UUAUAGUCAAUGCAAUAACUCUUCACUCUCAAUUCACAUCUCUCCCUCUCUCUCUCUACCUCUCUCUCUCACAUCAAAAUUCAAGAAUGGUGGAUCUCCAAACAGUGUGUUCCAUGUGCGGCGACGUCGGCUUCCCCGACAAACUCUUCCGCUGCUCCAAGUGCCACCACCGCUUCCAGCACUCGUAUUGUAGCAGUAACUAUAGCGAAUUCUCGGAGCCGAUACAAGUGUGCGAUUGGUGUCAGAGCGAGCAACGGAGCUCGCGGCACGGCGGCUCGUCGAGGAAAUCGGCGGCGGCGGCCGGCGGCGAUUCGGGGACAAAGCGAUCGGAGUACUCCGGCGACAAGAUCAAACAGCACGAUCAUCACGACGGAUGCUCGGAGCGGCCUCCGCCGGCGGCGAAAAAUCCCGGCGGCGCCCCGUCGCCUCGCCCCACCACUCGCCGCUACAAGCUCCUCAAAGACGUCAUGUGCUGAAAA